CAGCUUUAGCAAAAUACCCGAUAGAUCAACAGUGUAUAAAAUCUACUACCUAUAUUGUCAUCUUAUCAUCUAAAUUGGUCCGUUUGGUCACACAUCUUACAGAACAUAAAACUGAAUUUGACUAUUGAGUAUAAUUAUAUGCGCUUGAUAAAACUUAUAAAUUGCAAGGCGAGACGGACUGAAGACCAAUUAUGUUUUCCAAAAAAAUAUUAUUGUUGGCAAACACUUUUCGCCAACCAUUUCUGUCCAGAUCAUUCCGAAAUGUGAAGAUAAAUUCUGUAAAAAAUUUGAAAAAGGACGAUGUUAAAGGCAAUCCUGGUAGCAAUCGGUUAUUAAAGAUGGUCUUAGACGGCGAAUCACUCGACAAGACUAAUGUUACAAUGGAAGACAUUGAAGACGGAGAAGAAGAUUUGCUGGAUUCCCAUUUGCUUUAUGAUCAACAUAAAAAAGAAAUAAGCAAACAAAGAGAAUUUAAAUCUUUUCAAAACAUAAAACGGAAGUAUUUUAAAAACAAUACUUGUACCCCUAAUUUUUUAACAUAUUUUGAAAAACAACAAAUCAAAACUUUACAUGAAAAAUCUCCACAAGAGUGGACUCCUGAAACAUUAUCAACAUGCUUCCCAGCAUCACCAGAAAUUAUUGUUAAAAUAUUAAAAUCUAAGUGGAUAGCAAAUGAGGGACAACAAAUAUUACGACAUGAUAAACAUGUACAAGAUAAUUGGGAACGUUUUCGUAAUGGAGAUAUUGAGUUACCUAUAGAACUUAAAAACCAUUUGAAAAAAUUUUCAGAUCGACGACCCACACUUAUUACCCUAAAACAAGCAGAAGCUUAUAUUCCUAAGCCAGCUACAGAAUAUUUAAAGCCUGAAGAGUUUGGUCAGAUAAUUACAAGUUAUCGUGGUGAACCUAGCAAUCAAAAUGAACAAAUGCAAAUUGAAGCUGAAGAAAACUAUGAAAAAAUUUAUGAAAAUGACAUUAGAACUAGUACAAAAAAUAAGCAUUUCACUUUAGAUCAGUUAAAAAAAAAUUCACAAGAAAGAUCUUUCUCCUGGUAUACCCCACAACCUACUAAUGAAAAAAACAUUGAUGUUGCUACAGUUGAAGCUAGUUUACAAGAGCAUACAAGUAUAAUUUCUCGAAAAGAUGUUUCAAAAUUUAUUGAUACAAUAAAUAAUUAUCCACUUGCUAUUCGAAUACCCAAAAAAGUGUGGAAAGAAGGAUAUACAUAUAAAGUGAAAGAUUGUUUUUAUGAUGAUAGAGGAGAGUUUUUAUAUAGAGUUCCAGGUUUAAUGACUGAUGAAGAUAAGCCACAUAAUCAAUAGAAGUGUAAUCAAUUGAAUUAUAAUUAUUAUACCAAAAUAUGUUUGUAAAUAUAUUUAUAUUUAUGUAGAUAAUAUAUUGAAUAUUUCAUACUACCUAAACAGUGGUAGUUCAUAUCAAAGAUGGGCCUGUGAGCAAAAAUAAAAUCUAUUUUAAAUAGUAUAAAUAUAGGAAAAUAAUUUCAAA